CCCCCCCUGCCCCCCUGUGCCCAGCUGGUGAUGACGGUGGGGCUGCUGGCCGUGGUGGUUUACCUGUACACCGUGGUUGCCUUCAACUUCUUCCGCAAGUUCUACAACAAGAGCGAGGACGAGGAUGAGCCGGACAUGAAGUGUGACGACAUGAUGACGUGUUACCUGUUCCACAUGUACGUGGGGGUCCGGGCCGGGGGAGGAAUUGGGGAUGAGAUCGAGGAUCCGGCGGGGGACGAUUACGAGCUCUACCGGGUCGUGUUCGACAUCACCUUCUUCUUCUUCGUCAUCGUCAUCCUCCUGGCCAUCAUCCAGGGUGGGCACUGGGGGGUCUGGGGUCAUCAUCAUCCUCCUGGCCUUCAUCCAGGGUGGGCACUGGGGGGUCUGGGGUCAUCAUCAUCCUCCUGGCCUUCAUCCAGGGUGGGCACUGGGGGGUCUGGGGUCAUCAUCAUCCUCCUGGCCUUCAUCCAGGGUGGGCACUGGGGGUGCCUUGCCCCCUCCCCAAAUAAACGCUGCCAAGUGUCGCUGCACCCCCGGCUCAUCACUGCCCCUCUGCGGAGCCCCAAAACGCCGGAGGCCUGA